AUGGCACACCAAACGAGCUACUUCAGCGUUCACAAAGGCAACACUGAUUACUGGGCAGUCAUGGAUUCCAUCAAGUGGGUGACACGCGUGCCACAAGUGCGACAUGCGUGUGGUCCUUGUUGGACCUGGUCAAGGAGUCUUUCUGACGAUCAUGCCCAGGGAACCGGAACCCGUCUUGGUUGUCCACGGGAAAAAGCCAAAGGGCAAAAAAAAGGAGGCAGCAAAGGCAGCAGCAAAGGCGGAAGCAAGGGCAGCAAGGGCAGCAGCAAAGGCAGCAAAAAAACGGGAGCAGAAGCAGAAGAAGACCCAAAAUUUACAGAUCUUUGUGACAUCUGUUGUGUUCUAUCUCACGACUUGAUGCUCGACUUUGUGAAAAUGAAGCUCAAGUCCAACGUCAUGACCUUGCGUCAAUAUCGCUAUCCUUGGCAAGUCACCAUUCAUUAUUUUGUGGACAAGCAGUCGUGCGACGAUGAGGUCAUUUUCCCAGUUAUGCAGAUUCAUAACAUCAAAAAGGUUUGUUUACAAAUUCGUUUCCUGAAUGAGUCAUUGCACGAAAACGUCUACGAGAAGACGGCCAAGAAACAGCAGAGUGAAUGGCGACCAACCGCCCAGCAACCAGUUUUCAAGGGCGGACAUCGUACCCGAGAGGAACCAUACCCGGUCCAAGAUGAGGCUCCCUCGGCCUUAGGUACCCGCAAGGCACUAGCUAUCCCAGCCUCCAAACAAAACCGUGGUACCCCUGCCUGCCUGUUUGCCAGGCCAACGAUUGGCAGACUUGAGCGGCGAGCGCUGACUCACCAUGCUGUGUACCUAGGCAGACUUCCCCAAUCGGACGUCACCCUGGCGCUGGACGCAUGGGAGAUUGCUGAAGGGCUGCCUGUGCACUUGCCUUGGGAGUCCAGAUGGACCCACGCGUUACACGGCCCCCUUUCACCGCCGCACGAACUGACAAAUGCGUCCAGGUUCAUGCAUGCACUCGUGUCUGAAAGAGGCUCAGAUCUGUUCGAAUUUUGCCAGGAAUCUCUUGGUCAUUUCCUGCGAGCGCCUUCCGCCUAUUCCUGCCGGACGCAGGCUGCCAUGGAGACGAAACAUGCCGAGCUAGAGCGUCUCGUAGGCCAUGUCUUGGCUCUGCAGCAGUAA